AUGGCACAGGCUAACUUGCUCUCGCCGCCUGCCCAAAUACCGCCGCCCCAAGCCCUCGCCUUAUCGCAAAAAGCGCCCCUCAUACUGUCCACAUCACCCACACCAACCCUGCCAUGGCCGCUCUCUCUGCUCUUCUCGCGCGAAAGCCCGGAGACAUGGACAAUUCACGAAAACCUCUUCCUCUCUACACUACGCACCGGUGACGAGAGUGCUGCCCUAGCCGUCCUCGAGCGCCUCGAAACCCGCUUCGGCGACCACAACGAGCGCAUCAUCGCACUUCGCGGCAUCUACAACGAAGCAACGUCAAAGUCCGAUGCGGACCUGGAGAAGGUCUUGGACGCAUAUGACAAGAUAUUAAAGGAAGACCCCACCAACAUGAGCAUCCGGAAGAGGAGGGUUGCUGUGCUCAAGGCCUUGGGCAGGACGAGCGACGCACUUGGUGCCGUCACGGCGCUGUUGCAGAAUAGUCCGACGGAUGCGGAGGCAUGGGCUGAGGCGAGUGAGCUGUAUGCCACCAUGGCGGCCUGGGGACAGGCAAUCUACUGUGCCGAGGAAGUUUUGCUUAUUACGCCAAAUGCGUGGAGCGCACAUGCACAUAUCGCAACCCUACACUACCUCUCUACACUUUCCAACAACCCGCCAAACCUCACUUCUUUUGCGCUAUCACUGAAACACUUUUGCCGCUCUGUUGAGCUCAACGACUGGUACCUCCGCGGCUACUACGGCCUAAAGCUCGUCAGCGCGGAGCUCAACAGCAUACUCUCCGACUCGGCCUCUGCACCCAGCAAACGCAAUGCACAGGAUGAUGACGACGUUGCAAUUCCCAGCAGCGACAUGGUGAAGAAACUGGAGGAGUUGGCGACCAACAAGCUGGCCGAAAUGGUCAGGCAGUUCAAGUCCGGCAACAAAUCCUGGCAAGGCUUCGACGAGGCCGAUAUCAUUGCUGCACGUGAGCUUUUGGACAGAGACGGUAAUAUGGAACGGUAA